UGCAAAUCCGCCCUUACCAUCGUUCUAAUUUUCAGCCCAAACGGGCGGAAAGGUCUGAUAACCAGUCCCAAGAAAUAAGCUAAAAAUCACCGAGCUUGGGAUUUUUCCUCUCGUCUCAAUGGGUUUAUCGGAAUCAACACUGUCGAUCUCACAGAGGGCGGGCGACGAGAUCACCACCGUCUCUGCGCGAUCAGAAGUCGUAGAUCCCCUCAUUGAGAGGCUCAAGGACCUCAAAAUCACAACUCCGAUACUGACAGCACCGCAGGCAGAGACUAGCUUGACGGACAUUCUAGUGCGGAAGCCCGCCUCCUCUUCUGCUUCAGUAAAUCCAAAGGUGCUACUGGAACUAUUCUCAAUGUACCGUGAUUGGCAAGAGGCAAAGGCCCAAAUGAUUAGUAAGAAGCAGGAAGAGAUAGAAAACAAGAUAGAAACGGCAGAUGCUUUGACAAGUAAGCUUCUUCAACGUUUUAAUUACUCGCUCUCAACAAUGAAGACAGCUUCCCAUCAUCUAUCUGAAGUUCAUGCAUUGCAGGUUGAAAUUGGAGAGCUGAAGGGAAGGUUGACCGAGGUGAUCAGCAACUGUGAUGCAUUAUGCAAGAGAAUUACCGCAGAGGGACCAGAAUCACUGAGAUCAUCUGUGGCUUCAUUUCCGGUGACCUCAGCCGACAUGAAAACCAGCUGUAGUUCUUCAUGUUCUCCCCAAAGAAUGUCAGGCAGACAUCCAUCCAUCUCAGAAGCCAAGUUAGAGUAAUUUACACCCUCCCUUUUUCUUGUAGAAUUUCAGAAACAUUUGACUAUAUUUACAUUUUAGAAAUUGAGGCUAUAUAAUAGCCCUCCUCAUGCCUCGAAAGGAACCCCGUAGUUUUGCCAUGAUCAAAUUUUAAGUAUACAACACUUGUACGAGCACCAUCCUGUAAACAUCCCCAGUUGGUUCAAUAAAACUUGCGUGCCAUGGCA